CCUCUUGCUCAUGCUUCCCUCUCUCCUCUCCUCUACCCCCCCCACCCGUCGCGGGCCCCUUGGCUUCGGGCUCUUCGGCCCUCUGCGGGCCGCGGUCGGCUCCGAGGGUGUCUCCCUUCUCCAUUCCCGGCAGGCUCUAGCGGCUCCCUGUUCCCAGGACACCGCGAACCAACUUCUGGUGUCUUUUCCUCUCACCGAAGCGCUUAUCUGUGUGCAGCCUUAUCUCCGAGUUAUCUCGGCGCAAAGGGGCGGGAGCCGGCAGUCAGGCGGGCAAAGAGACUUCUUUCCUGCUAUCUAUCCUGGGUCUGUGUGUGGGCAUUAAUUUUAGUGUGGUUAUCUCCGAUGAGCCGAAGCGAUUUGGAAAAGCAGCCCAGAGGAGGCCAGUUCGGCUGCAUUUCGCCUCCCUCCCCCGACCCCUCCGAGGCUCCCUGUCAUUCCUCCUGCUCUCCCCUUUGGGGUGGCCUCACGUCCCCCCUUGCAUUUCCCCCUCCUUUUCUCUGCGCUCCGCUCCACCCCGCUACGUCCGAUUCCGGAACGGUCUGGCCUUUCCGUGGCUGGGGAUGACCGCGGGGUGGGCAGGGGUGGCCCGGCCGGUGUGAGCGCACGCGCUGGUGGCUGUAGACGCAAGCCGCGUCUAAGGAGCUAGAAGUCAGCUUGGAGUGGUGCCGGACCGUGGAUGGCCUUGACUGACGGCGGCUGGUGCCUGCCGAAGCGCUUCGGGGCCGCGGCUGCGGACGCCAGCGACUCCGGAGCCUUUCCAGCGCGGGAGCUCUCCACGCCGCCUUCCCCCAUCUCCUCCUCUUCCUCCUCCUGCUGCUCCCGGGGUGGGGAGCGCGGCCCCGGCGGCGCCGGCAACUGCAGGACGCCGCAGCUCGACACGGAGGCGGCGGCGGGACCCCCGGCGCGCUCGCUGCUGCUCAGCCCCUACGCCUCGCAUCCCUUCGGGGCUCCCCACGGACCUUCGGCGCCCGGGGUCGCUGGCCCCGGGAGCGCCCUGUCGAGCUGGGAGGACCUGCUGCUCUUCACUGACCUCGACCAGGCCGCGACGGCCAGCAAGCUUCUGUGGUCCAGCCGCGGCGCCAAGCUGAGCCCCUUCGCACCCGAGCAGCCCGAGGAGAUGUACCAGACCCUCGCCGCCCUCUCCAGCCAGGGGCCGGCCGCUUACGACGGCGCGCCCGGCGGCUUCGUGCACUCGGCGGCCGCGGCGGCGGCGGCAGCCGCGGCGGCCAGCUCCCCGGUCUACGUGCCCACCACCCGCGUGGGCUCCAUGCUGCCCGGCCUGCCGUACCUGCAGGGGGCGGGCAACGGGCCCGCCAACCACGCGGGCGGCGCGGGCGCGCACCCCGGCUGGCCCCAAGCCUCGGCCGACAGCCCCCCGUACGGCAGCGGAGGCGGCGCGGCGGGCAGUGGGGCCGCGGGGCCGGGCAGCGCCGGCUCGGCCGCGGCGCACGUCUCGGCGCGCUUCCCCUACUCGCCCAGCCCGCCCAUGGCCAACGGCGCGGCGCGGGAGCCGGGCGGCUACGCGGCGGCCGGCGGCGGGGGCGCGGGCGGCGUGGGCGGCGGCGGCGGCAGCCUGGCGGCCAUGGGCGGCCGCGAGCACCAGUACGGCUCGCUGUCGGCCGCGCGGCCGCUGAACGGCACGUACCACCAUCACCACCACCACCACCCGAGCCCCUACUCGCCCUACGUGGGGGCGCCGCUGACGCCCGCCUGGCCCGCCGGACCCUUUGAGACGCCGGUGCUGCACAGCCUGCAGAGCCGCGCGGGAGCCCCGCUCCCCGUGCCGCGGGGCCCCAGCGCAGACCUGCUGGAGGACCUGCCCGAGAGUCGUGAGUGCGUGAACUGCGGCUCCAUCCAGACGCCGCUGUGGCGGCGGGACGGCACCGGCCACUACUUGUGCAACGCCUGCGGCCUCUACAGCAAGAUGAACGGCCUGAGCCGGCCCCUCAUCAAGCCGCAGAAGCGCGUGCCUUCCUCCCGGCGGCUUGGAUUGUCCUGUGCCAACUGUCACACCACAACCACCACUUUGUGGCGCAGAAACGCUGAGGGCGAGCCUGUGUGCAAUGCUUGUGGACUCUACAUGAAACUCCAUGGGGUGCCUCGACCGCUUGCUAUGAAAAAAGAGGGAAUUCAAACCAGGAAACGAAAACCUAAGAACAUAAAUAAGUCAAAGGCUUGCUCUGGUAAUAGCAAUAAUUCUGUUCCUAUGACUCCAACUUCCACCUCUUCUAACUCAGAUGAUUGCAGCAAAAAUACUUCCCCCACAACACAACCAACAGCCUCAGGGGCGGGCGCCUCGGUGCUGUCUGGCCCGGGAGAGAGCACCAAUCCCGAGAACAGCGAGCUCAAGUACUCAGGUCAAGACGGGCUGUACAUCGGCGUCAGCCUGGCCUCGCCGGCUGAAGUCACAUCGUCCUCGAGAUGCGUUUCCCAAGAGGCUCGCUCGGCCUUACCACCCAGCCGCUGUCUCUGAAGAGCCAGAGAGAAGAUGGAGCUUCUGGGAAGGGCCGGUGCAGCCCACGCACGUCGCCUGCUCCCUGGCCACGGCCACUUCCAGCCAGCCUGCCUCUGGGUCUGCCAGAGGAUGUGGUGUCCGCUGUGCCGCUGCCAGAAACCGGGACUUGCCGGCUAAAGAAUAUUGAGAGAUUUUUAAAAAAGGUUUUAUGUGUAUUGCCCCGAAUCACGUGCUUCUUCUGAUCGAUUUUGGUUAUUCCAGAAUUUCUUCAUACCUUUUCCACACCCAAAUUUCACAUGCGUUCACGGAGAAGACCAUUUGAGGCCAUUUGGUACACACUUCUGGAGGCUGAGUCGGUUCAUGAGGUCUCUUGUCAAAAAUAUUACUCAGUUUGCAAGACUGCGUUAUAACUGUAAUGUACACUGUGACUGAUGUUUCUCAAAGUUCAUAUUGUGUGACUGAUCUGAAGUCAGUCGGAAUUUGUAAACAGGGUAGCAAACAAGAUAUUUUUCUUCCAUGUAUACAAUAAUUUUUUUAAAAAGUGCAAUUUGCGUUGCAGCAAUCAGUGUUAAAUCAUUUGCAUAAGAUUUAACAACAUUUUUUAUAAUGAAUGUAAACAUUUUAACUUAAUGGUACUUAAAUAAUUUAAAAGAAAAAUGUUAACUUAGACAUUCUUAUGCUUCUUUUACAACUACAUCCCAUUUCUAUAUUUCCAAUUGUUAAAAGAAAAAUAUUUCAAGAACAAAUCUUCUCUCAGGAAAAUUGCCUUUAUCCAUUUGUUAAGAAUUUUUAUACAAGAACACCAAUAUUCUCCCUUUAUUUUACUGUGGAAUAUGUGCUGGAAAUUUGCAACAAAGCUUUACUACCUAACAGGUAACAUUUGUAAAUACUCUAGGCGUCUGUACACACCAUGAUGAAGUCUCUGUAGUGUGACUAACCCACAGGCAGGUUGGUUUACAUUAAUUUUUUUUUAAUGGGAUGUCCUAUGGAAACUAUUUCACCAGAGUUUUAAAAAUAAAAAGGGUAUUGUGUUGUUUCUGUACAGCGAGUUCCUUCCCUUUCAGUUUCAUUUUGAUACUGUAUGUGGCUAUAGAUAUUCAUAUAAAACAAGUGCAUGCGAUGUUUGCAAA